UGUUACCUGUAGAAGAUCAUGGAAUUUCAAUCUUUGGGUGCCAAAUCGCUCGUGUCGAUGCAUUUUACUGAAUAACAGACUUCAAGGAGAACGCGAUACUUAACGGAAAUGCGUGAAUAUAUAAAUAUAAAAAAUACUCGAGAACGUUCCAAAGUGGAACUGUAUUCGCUAGGAUCGGGUGUAACCACUUUGGCGUAUAUCGUCCUGGAAUUGGUACAAAAUUCGUUAAAUGACCGAGCUACUUCGAUCGCGGUGCGCAUUAAUUUAGGAACGCGUAAAAUCGAAGUCGUGGAUAAUGGAUUAGGUAUGCCCAGAGAUGCGUUAAAGUCUGCCAUAGAAAAGCCCAUUAAUAACCGGCGAGGAUGUCAAUUGGCUAAAAAUGACUCAACGCAUACGGUGUUUCAUAUCAUUCGCAAGUUAUCCACCUGUUUCAUCAUUAGUUCGCGAAGUUGCUCUUCAAGGGAUACUUUCAGCAAGAUUUUCCUGGCUGGACAACCGUGUAAGUUCGUGAAGGAAAAUACUCGACCCACCGUUGGUACAACCGUAAUUUCCCGUGGUUUCUUGAGAUCGAACCGUAACGACGAGGAAGAACUGCGCUCGAUCAAAUUUGUGAUAGCUAGGUUGGCCUUGACAAACACCGAGGUUUCAUUUUCUGUGCGGGACGACACGAAAGGGAGAAUCGUAUUUGGUAUUUCGAAAUCGCACAGUGUAGCCGAUGUACUCUCGUUAAUAUUUAACGAACGGUACCCUUUGAACAACAGGCCGAUACGUUGUAUAAGUAACAACGAUCCGUUAAAGUUGAAAGUUUCUGGUUCGUUCAUUGAGCACCUACAACUACGAGAAACAUGUAAAUUAAGAAUACCAUCCCACAUUAUAAAUAUUACGGCAUUAAGAGCAUAUCUUCGAAGUUGGAAAAAAUAUUCUAGCCUCGAUGAGAGAUGCACAAAGAAAUUCUCACACGCAUUUUAUAACCAUUAUGGGAAAGACAUGGAGAAAAUACACCGGAAGAUUUUCAAGAAGGAUAAGAGGGAUCGACGUUCAACGUUGAAUUUACGAAUUCGUAAAACCGUUGAUGUAAGCGCAGAUUUUAAGUUAAAAGAUCGCGCCCUACGUGCCAAUUCGCUUACCGCCGACAACGUUACGAGGAAGAAGAAGAGGCUUUUGGUGGCAACGCCCAUAGAAACGUUUAAAGAAGUUCCCAGAAAUGGAGCAGAAAGUACACCUCUGCCGGAUGAAACGGAAUGCGUCGAUAUUUCCAGCUGGUCGAAUUGGACGUAUCGCAGUAAAGAGGAAACGCAUUCGCGCUUCUUUCAGGAAGAAACAAUAAAUAUAUCAAAUCGAACUCCUAAGAUAACAAGAACCCCAGAAAACAAACCAGAUACUCGUGAUUUUAAAUGUUUAAGAUUAUACGAUUUUCUCCCAGCAUACCUGGAUAAGCUUUUGCCCAACAGGAAGAGAAAAUUAUUAAAUCGACAAUCUUUGCAAUGCACAGCAAGAAUGGGAAGCGUUACUCGUAAGGUACCACAGGAAAGUUUCAAGGAAGCUCGUCACCGUCAGGAUUUCAUCGUCAGAGGAUGCAGAAUCGAGCCGAUCGUUCGUGAAUUCCAUUUUAAUGAGAAUUUACUACAAUCUAUCGAGGUCAUAAAUCAAAUGAAUAGAGAAUUCAUAGUGGCACACGUGACACGGGAGAAAGAAAGAAUUUUGGUGUUACUCGAUCAACAUGCCGUUCACGAGAGAAUUCGUUACGAAGAGCUCCUUCGAUGUAACUAGAAUGAAUGCCCUCGUUAACCCUUUGACGGAGGUUACGAACCGUAAUCACGUAACUCGUAUCGUUCGCAUUUCAGCGUAUAAAGUAAAUAAUGAAUUUACUUCGAUUAAGCUGGACGUUCCGAUGAAAAUUUCUAACGUUACCGAGGAAGUGCGGAAGAACCUGUUGUGCAAUGAUUCGUUAUUAAGUAAAUUUGGUUUGAGCGUGCAA